AUGUCUUCAGCAGGACGCGGCCGCGGCGGCAAAUUCAACAAAGUCAAGCGUGGAGGCGGCAAGAAGUUCUCGCGUGACCUACAACCGCUGAACGCAGAUGGCGAGGUCGUCGGCAUGUGGGGUGAACAACCCGACAAGGUCGAUGAAGAAUCUGAUGAAGAGGAAGGAUCAUCGGAAGAAGAGUCCAGCGAUGAGGAGGGCAAGCCUGCAGAAGAAGAGCUGACGCGCGAGCAACGCCGUGAACUCGCAAAGAAGCGCAAGGCUGCCGCGAUAGCAAAGAAGUCGCAAAAGGCGCCUGAGGCAGGCGAUAUGCCUACCGACUCGGAAGAAGACGAGGAUGACGACAUGCCCGCGAACCCAAACCACACUGCCAAAGCACGCACACAAGCCGCCAAAGCACCUGUUGACCCCGACGCUGAACCGGCUGCUGCUGCCGCCAAGGGCAAAGGAAAGCAGCAAGACCCCUCUCAGCUCUCCCGUCGUGAGCGCGAGGCUCUUCAAGCGCAGGCGAGCAAGGACCGAUAUGAGAAACUGCAUGCCGAGGGCAAGACGGAGCAAGCACGUGCGGACCUCGAACGCUUGAGGCUGGUUCGCGAACGCAGGGAUGCUGAAGCUGCGCGCAAAAAGGCCGAGGCCGAGGAGCGCGCUGAGCUGGAGAAGGAGAAGAAGGAGCUCAUGGAGCGUGAGAACAGGCGGCGGGAACAGGCCAUGGGCAAGGCGAACCGUCUUGCCAAGGGAGGCAAGAAGAAGUGA